AUGGAAGCGUUGCGUAUCACAUUCUGGUAUCUCAGAUACUGGAACACAAUAAUCACCGAUAAAGGUCACCAGCUUUGCUUUGGGGAAAAGCAUCGCCCGCGUAGGCUCGGGAUAGCGCAAUCGCUCGUCCAGGGCAUCGGCGCUCAUUGUCGCACGGAUCUAUGCCAUUAUUUUUGGCGCGAAACGGUGAGCAUCGCGUCGGUUGGAAUUUCGAUUCUCCACUGGGUGUAUCUUUUGUUUGGCGCGUGCACUGGAGCAGCUGAAACGCUGCUGUGCACAGAUCGCGUUCUCGCUCCUGGUGUGGACGCUCUUGGUACCAUGCCGCGGGGAACAGAUGCAACGGCUUCAGAUGAGCGCGAGCAAGAAGAGCAGGCUCGAGCAACGAGACCACGGCGACGGGCAGCCGCGCGGUAUGGCUCACAGAAGCGCUCGGUUGCGGUGGAUCCCGCGUACUACCUCGGGUACGCCGACGAUGAUGAGACUCCAGAGAUGAUCAUGCGUAAGUUUGAGGCACUUGAGCGGUUGCAGGCUCAGAAAGCCGCAAAUACCCAGCAGUCUUCGGGUGAUGCGAACGACUCCCAGACGGCGAAAGAAGAAGUCACACUGACCGCUGCAGAGCAGGCGGAGCUCUUCCGCCAGACCUCUUUUUUCUCCGUGGACAUGUUGGCAGGCUCCACGACACAGAGUCUACCGGGUGGUGUAGGUGAAUCAACUGACCUAAUCGCGGUGGGUGCGCUAGAUGAUUCCUCUUUUGAACGCGUGCUUGCAGAGUACGGCCUCGACGCUGUUCUAUUUGGUGCGGAGCUCUCCGACUCUGAACCAGGAUCUGAGUACGACGACGGCGAAGACCUUCUCUGGGAGGAGGCGCUUGAAAGCGAUCGUAGUGCUCGGUUUCCAGGUCGGCUAACCCGCUCUCGCCCGGACCGCAGCGAGUCGAGCCGCGUUGCGCUCGAGUUAUGGAGAGCGCGGGCAGCACUGCUCAUGCGCCUCAGCGCUGGAGGGGAUGCUCUGGCAGCAGCUCAGGCGGCUGCGAUGAUCCCCGCGGCCUUACGGGCCCGCAGACGGCGGCUAGCGGCAGAGGGUGUUCUGCGCGAGACGAUUCCCACAGAGUAUCCUCUACCAGUAAGCUGGGCCAGGACGAUCAGGCCUCUGCGUGAAGCCGUCCAAGAGGGUCAAAAGCUGGAGCGGAAUUACGAAUGUGGCCGCCUGCUGCGAUUCGCGAACGUGUUCCAGGCCGCCAAGACACUGCAUGAACGUAUCAAAGGGCGCCAUUUUCGUUGCGUCGUGCUGGAUCCGCCCUGCUGGAAUCAACCGGACUUUCGUGUUGAACAGUUGCGAAGCCUCCGAAUCGCUGAAAUCGUACCCUUCGGUUUCGUCUUUAUUUGGGUCCCGAAAACACGUAUCGCUGAGACCCUGCGCUGGUUUGGCGAGGAGAUGCACCAAGGUGGGGGCGGUGGUUUCCAUUUUGUCGAGAGCUUCUGCGUCGUCCUUAAAUGGACCAAUAAUCGCGUGGCUACGCUCCUGUCAGAGCCGAGCGAUCUGCUAUGCCUGGACCAGCCCGUAGCGGUGGCAGAGCAUGCGCCCUCGGGCGUAUACGCGUGCAGUCAUGAGACUUGCCUUGUCCUGCGUCGACCAGGCCCCCAUAUUGAGCUGGCCCAUCAACGCAAUCCCGAUCUCUGCUUUGAUUACGUGCGUCUGCACCAGAAGAGGUAUCAACGGCGUCGUCCGGAGCUAUUCUAUCACAUGAUCGAGACCAUGCUACCCGAAGUCGCACGCGAUGGCGAUAUGCUCUGCGUCUGGGCGGACCAGAGUGUUUGCAAACGAACCUGCUGGGUGUCGGUUGUAGAGGACCAGUCUCUGGAAGCAGGCGAAUCUUCCUCGUAG